GUUUUUGAGACGGCACCGGAUGUUGUCUGAAUGUCAAAGAUGGCGUUCCACAUGACACGGUGAAUUCUUAUUAAAAAUCAACGUAAAAGGCUAUACGUUCAUAUCUUUAAGGACAUAAGGCUUUACCUCGGUGAUAGUAGUCUUACUGGACGUGAACCUAGCUGAGGAGCAGAUGGCUUUGAGUGAAUUAAGUCGUAGUAUACGGAUGUUACGAUGUCGUCUGAUUGUGUCUACAAACCAGACAACUCGGUGUCUGAGUCAGGCGGCCUCUCAGCCGGAGCCGGAGCCCAGCGCAAAUGAAGCCGAAGCCGUGAACCCGACCUUUGUGAACAGAAACCCCCGGAACCUGGAGCAGAUGGCUCUGGCUGUGAAGGACCGGGGCUGGAAAACGACCUGGCCCCACCGGCAGUUCUACCACAGGUUGAUGUUUUCCCGUACCCAGAAUCAUGUGACAGCUGCAGUGUUCUCCAGCACCUCUCCUGUCCCGGUGCUUUCCUGUUCAACCAAAGAGUGGGCCAUAAAGAAGGAACUGCCUUCUACAAACUGUGUGGCAGCAUGUCAGGCUGUGGGGGAGGUGCUGGCACAUCGAUGCAAGCAGGCUGGUAUCACCAGGAUGGUGUACAGGGCGAUUCCCUGGACGUAUCGCUCUGAUGCUGUUCAGUCUUUCAGGGCAGCAAUGAAAGAAGGGGGAAUCAUCCUCAGUGAACCCAGAAGGAAAUACGUUGGCACCUGAAUUUAAGUGUCAUCACGUUUGUUUUGUAAAAAUAUCCUCUUGUAACCUUACUAUACCUGCACUGUUGUGAAUUACAGCUGUACUGAUUUUAAGAUGAUCAGCACUACGGUGAAUUACAAUUAUAAAGAGACUCAAGGUAA